ACUAGCUCAUAUGCUCAAACAGAAACAGUAGCUGAUGGAAGUGACAGUAUGAAUCAGGCAAUUGAAUACGGAAUUGGAUGCGAAGCUGGACGUGGAGCUGAAUACGGAAUUGAAUGCGAAAUCGGAUAUGGAACUGGAAACGAAAUUGUACAAAGGAGCAGAACUAGUUAUACAAAUAGACACAGAACUGAUUGCGGAUUCAGAUACGGAAUUGGAUAUGGGAUUUUAUACACGAUUGGAUAUGUAACUGGAUGCGGAAUCGGAUACGGAAUUGGAUAUGGUAUUGCGUCGUCGGUUCCUUAUUAUCUACCAGAAAAUUCAUUCAUUACGUAUUGUCAACCAGGUGCUGCUAUGAUCUAUGGUAUUGUUCAUUCGUCAACGGCACGUGCAUCAUUUUUUUAUUAA